GACACAGGAAGUGAUCUGCAGCUGAGAGCAGACAGGAGGACAAACACCUGGACUCUGUGGGGACGUUUGGACGAACUAUGUCCUAAAGGAGACAGAGACAUGGUGUGGAUGAGGAUCUGCAGACUGUGUCCUCCUGUGUCCCGGAGGACGCAGCCUCCCCGCUGGAUCGAGUCUCUCUCCCGGUCUUUGAGCCGCAGCAUGGCCUCCCACCCGCCGGAAGCGGACUCGACCACGGCCCGGUUCGACUUCCUGGUGAUCGGCGGCGGCUCCGGGGGUCUGGCCGGGGCUCGGAGGGCGUCGGAGCUCGGGGCGAAAACCGCCGUGAUCGAGAGUCACAAACUCGGAGGUACCUGCGUAAAUGUUGGCUGUGUCCCCAAGAAGGUGAUGUGGAAUGCAGCAGUUCACGCCGAGUAUCUCCACGACCACAGUGAUUACGGCUUUGACGUUGGAAAUGUUCGAUUCAGUUGGGAAACUCUUAAAGCCAAACGAGACGCUUACGUCACUCACCUAAAUCGCAUUUAUCGCAACAACCUCGACAAGGCUAAAAUCCAAACUAUUCAAGGUCAUGCCAGGUUCACCAAUGAUCCUGAGCCGACUGUGGAGGUCGACGGGAAGAAGUACACAGCACCGCACAUCCUUAUCGCCACUGGAGGGCAGCCUACUGUUGUGAGUGAUGCUGAAGUUCCAGGGGCAAGUCUUGGCAUCACCAGUGAUGGCUUUUUUGACCUCGAAACUCUGCCAAAGCGCACUGUGAUUGUGGGCGCUGGUUAUAUUGCAGUGGAGAUGGCGGGCAUCCUAUCAACGCUGGGCUCCAAAACAUCCCUUGUGAUUCGACAAACAGGAGUUUUGAGGAACUUUGACAGCCUCAUAAGCUCAAACUGCACCAAAGAGCUGCAGAACUCGGGCAUAGAUCUGUGGAAGAACUCGCAGCUGAAGUCUGUGCGUAAAAUGGAUCAAGGUCUGGAGGUGACGAUCAUGACCAAAGACCCAGAGAAGAAGAACGACGAGGAGAAGAUCAGCACCAUCCAGGAGGUGGACUGUCUUCUCUGGGCCAUCGGCAGGCAGCCAAACACGUUGGGACUGAACAUCAGCGAGACGGGUGCGGACACAGACGAGCGAGGCCACAUCAUUGUGGAUGAUUUUCAGAACACCAGUCGACCCGGGAUCUACGCUGUCGGAGACGUUUGUGGCAAAGCUCUGCUCACACCUGUUGCCAUUGCUGCAGGCAGGAAGCUGGCACACAGACUGUUUGAGGGCAAGCAGGACUCCAAGCUGGACUACUCCACUAUUCCCACAGUGGUGUUCAGCCACCCACCCAUCGGCACGGUGGGCCUCACAGAAGACGAGGCCAUUAAAUCUUGGGGGAAGGAGAAUGUGAAGAUUUACAAGACUUCUUUCACUCCGAUGUAUCACGCCCUCACGAGCAGGAAGAGUCAGUGCGUCAUGAAGCUGGUGUGUGUGGGCAAAGAGGAGAAGGUGGUGGGUCUGCACAUGCAGGGCCUGGGCUGUGAUGAGAUGCUGCAGGGCUUCGCUGUGGCCAUCAAAAUGGGUGCUACCAAAGCAGACUUUGACAAGUCUAUUGCCAUUCACCCCACCUCGUCUGAGGAAUUUGUCACGAUGCGUUAAUACAAACAAGCAUACCAGGACAGAGUCACCACUCUGCACUACUCUCGCAGCAGCUUGACGACUUGCUUUCCAAAACUACCUACAAACUUCCAUUUUCUCUCAUUUAAGUGACCUUAUUUGUGAGCAGUGUUUUUCCUCUUCUAGAAUUAUCCUAAAUCAACCAAGAUGGAGUUAUGGUCCUUUUCAACUGUUCUGAAUUCUAUUUGAAUGAUUGUGAAAUGGAAGUGAUGGAUCUGCAGGUGCUGUUGUCAAGUGAUGGCACGGGAAGUCGAAAGACCUCUCUCCUUGUGUAUGUGUUUGAUUUGUCAGUCUUUUGUCAGAAUAAUUUUACUGCUGCUUCUUAAAGAAAAUAUUUACUACCAAUGCAAGGUCAUAGCCUAUCUAAUGUACUGUUUAAAAGAUUCAAUAAACCUUUUUUCUUA